CGCCGACGUCGCCGCAGGCUCGUCUGUUAGCGAUCGUAGCAAAAAUAGUGGUGAAGCCGUGUGUGGGAGCGUGACGGGUGGCGGUCGGCAUGUUCGUUGCGAUUGCGAUGCUGGAUCGGAAUCCUGGAUUUUUGGCACCGAAAAUAGUCGGGUGGGAGCGCGGCGAAACCGCGAGGGCGGGCGCGGCGCAGUGCGUGUCGCUCCGCCGUGUGAACAGCCCGCUCGUGAGGCCGUAACUGGCGUAUUUUUUCGACCGGACCGUAAAGACACAAAGCCGCCACCAUGGACGCGAUUAAGAAGAAGAUGCAGGCGAUGAAGCUGGAGAAGGACAACGCCAUGGACAAGGCCGACACCUGCGAACAGCAGGCUAGGGACGCCAACCUCCGCGCCGAGAAGGUCAACGAGGAAGUCCGUGAGCUCCAGAAGAAGCUCGCCCAGGUGGAGGAGGACCUGAUCCUCAACAAGAACAAGUUGGAACAGGCCAACAAGGACUUGGAAGAGAAGGAGAAGACCUUAACCGCCACUGAGGCUGAGGUCGCUGCCCUCAACAGGAAGGUGCAGCAGAUUGAGGAGGACCUAGAGAAGUCCGAGGAGAGGUCAGGCACCGCCCAGCAGAAGCUGCUCGAAGCCCAGCAGUCUGCUGACGAGAACAACCGUAUGUGCAAAGUGUUGGAGAACAGGGCACAGCAGGACGAGGAGCGCAUGGACCAGCUCACCAACCAGCUGAAGGAAGCCCGUCUGCUCGCUGAGGACGCUGACGGCAAGUCCGACGAGGUAUCACGCAAGCUGGCCUUCGUUGAAGACGAGCUCGAAGUAGCUGAGGACCGUGUCAAGUCUGGAGACGCCAAGAUCUCAGAACUUGAGGAGGAAUUAAAGGUCGUAGGUAACUCCCUGAAAUCUCUGGAAGUAUCAGAAGAGAAGGCCAACCAGCGUGUCGAAGAGUUCAAGAAGCAGCUGAAGACCCUCACUAGCAAACUCAAGGAGGCCGAGGCCCGCGCCGAGUUCGCAGAGAAGACUGUCAAGAAACUGCAGAAGGAGGUUGACAGGCUCGAAGAUGAGCUCGGAAUCAACAAGGACAGAUACAAGAGCUUGGCUGACGAGAUGGACUCCACCUUUGCUGAGCUGGCCGGAUACUAGACACCCACUCCUUCCACACAUUCACACACACAAACAACACACGUACACACACGCAGCUCGCUGCCACCGCCACAUACACACUAUACAGAAAACAAAUACGUUUGUACACGUGAUGUAAUAUUUAUUAAUAUAUUAUGUAAAUUUAUUUACGAUUUUCAAUAAAAUUAAUUUAUAACAAGA